AAUAACCUGCUGAACGUAAACAAACAUGGCGUCGUCCAUCAGCAAAGUUCGCAGUGUUUUCAGGCCCGGUUUAUUUGCCGGCAAAGUUGCCAUUGUUACUGGUGGCAGCACAGGAAUAGGGAAAGCAAUAACACAAGAACUUCUGAGUCUCGGCUGUAAAGUAAUGAUAGCCUCCAGAAAUGAGGAGAGGCUGAUGAAGAUGGCUGAUGUGAUGAGGUCUCAGUUGCCUUCAGAUGGACCAGCCUGGUUGGAAGCCACUCCAUGCAACAUAAGGAAAGAAGACCAGGUUCAACAUUUAAUGAAGGAGACCCUUUCCAAGUAUGGCAGGAUUGACUACUUAGUAAACAAUGGAGGAGGACAGUUUAUGUCACCUGCUGAGGACAUCCGACUGAAGGGCUGGAACGCUGUGAUAGAAACGAAUUUAACAGGAACUUUCCUGUGUUGUAAAGAGGCAUAUCACCACUGGAUGAAGGAGAAUGGUGGCAGUAUUGUUAACAUCAUAGUGGACUUGUGGAAAGGGUUCCCUAGGAUGAGUCAUUCAGGAGCAGCAAGAGCAGGUAUCCUCAACCUCACAAAGAGCUUGGCAGUGGAAUGGGUGGACCAUGGAGUUAGAAUUAAUUGCGUAGCACCAGGUAGCUCAAUAUAUUCAGAGACUGCAGCGGCAAACUACAAUGAUCCUGAGGUGUUCAAUGCCAUAAUNCAUGAUAGAGAGCUGUUUCUGUGCUAUGUCCUUCUCUAUAAGCUGAUUGAAACUUGCCAUAUAGACUGUUUUGAGCUAGAUAGUUAUUCAGUUGUAUACAUGCCAUUUUCUCAAGAAACUUCCCCAAGAAGGGUGUCAGCAGCAGUGUGUUUCCUGUUGUCUCCAGCAGCAGCAUUUAUAACAGGGGACACCAUUAAAGUGGACGGGGGAUCCAACCUGUACAGCUCUGUCUGGGUUAUACCAGACCACAAGAAGAUCCCAGCAUUUAAAUGGGAAGAUGAGGAGGAUGAUCCAAAAUCAAAACUAUGACAGAAAUCUGCCUGUAAUCAAACAGAAUACAGUGACGGUUGAUAAAAAAACUGAAAUUAUAUUCACUGGAUUAAAAUGUGAAAUGAUAAAAGGAACAGUGACAAUUUACAUAUUUAAUGCCCUCUGAUGAAACAUAUAUAACUUAUGCAUUAAUUUUGUAUGAAGAAACAAUUGAUAGAAAACUGAAAUCAUAUUCAUUGUAUUAAAAUUUAAAAUGAAAACAGGAACAAUGACAUCUGAUGAAACAUAUAAUAUGACUUACGUAUUAAUUUUGUAUAAAGGAACAGUAUGAAUAUACCUAUUGGUUUUUCCAGAAUUUUUUUUUCUAUCAUUUUAUCAUCAGUUUGGUGAUGCUACUGGUGAUGUGUUAUACUAGACUAUCGCUUGAGAUACGCAGCCUUAUAAGUUGUUCAAGUCAUUAAAGUAGUUUUCACUGUGGGCCCCGAUGGAUAGACUCAUGUAAUUUACUUUACAAUAGACCGGUUUCAGCAUCGGACCAAGAUUAUUUUCAGUCGCAUAUCUUUAAAUUCAAUUAUAAUGAACCAAUAAAGAUAUUAUUGCAGCUA